CUAAAACAAAUGACAAACUUCUUCUAAAGUCUUUACUCACUCUGUUUUUCAUUUUUCUUCUUGUUCUUUGUUGCAACCUCCAAAUCAUCCAAUCCAGUCUAAGAAAAAAAACAAGAAAAUGCGAACCGGAUGUUGUAGUAUACAACAAUCUCUUACACCGGAGGCGGCUACCAUUGUUAAGCAGGCAAUAAACCGACUUCCAACCACCACUACAACACCAAUCCUAGGUCCAAUCUCUCAUUAUCCCGCUCUUGCUAACUCCCUAAUGGCCGCCUUCAAGCGAGCCCAAGCCCACAUGCGGCGCACGUGAGAGAAGUGGGGUCCAGUGGGUUUGCUGUGGGUUUUGGUGUUUUCGCGAAGAGGAAUUGGGGCGGUAGGAGGGAGGAAGGAGGAACGAAGGAGAUGGUGGUUGCCGUUGGACUUUUCGCGAAGAGGAAUUGGGGCGGGAGGAGAGAGAAAAUAAAAAAUGUAAGGGAAGGAGGAAAUGGGCGGGGAAGAGGAAGCAGUAUACUAGUAUGGCCGCACGAUUUGAGUUUUGUGUGGCGGGUUGCACCAAAAACGCUUUGUUUAGGGAAAUGUCACAAUAAGUGACAUGUCGCUCAAAAUGGUAACAAAUACUUCACAUUUUUGGCCAUGGGGAGUUUACACCACGAGCUGCGCAUGGGGAUAUAUUGAUAUAUUUAAUCUACUCGUACACAAAAGAGUGAAAGACCAUAUAUGGCCUUGCUUAAAAUACUCUCCCACCCCACUAAACUAAUACACACCAAACACCUCUAUCAAACCCCUUCAGUUCUCAAAUCUUUUAUUUUACAACAAUGGCUGACUCAUCUUCUCCUGAUAUCAAAAUCAAUAAAGUUACUACAUCUACCAUUCUUGGUAAUCCUAAACUUGAAAUUGUUGAUGAUGAUGAUGAUGCACAUUUCCUAGCAGCAGCACAAAUUAUGCAGUCAGGAGUACUACCUAUGGCGUUAAAGGCUGCUGUGGAGCUCAACAUCUUCAAAAUUAUGGCAAAGGCAGGCCCUGAUCGCCUGCUUUCGCCAAAGGAGAUUGCUGCUGAGCUCCCAGCCUCUCACAACCCCGACGCCUCGUCAAUGCUAGACCGAGUACUCCGCCUGUUGGCUUGUCAUUCCGUCGUCAGCUGCUCUUUCGAGCACACCGCCACUGUUGGUGGCGGUGUCGAAAGGCGGUAUGGGUUGAGUCCUAUAUCCAAGCUGUUUGUUGGAGAUGAAAAUGGGAUUAGCCUUGGCCCCUUCUUGUCCUUGGUUGAAGACCCUAUCGUCCGUGCUAGCUGGGGAAAGUUCAAUGAAGCUAUAUUAGAGGGAGGGAUACCCUUCAAUAAGGUCUAUGGAGUACAUGCAUUUGAUUAUCCCGGAUUAGACCCAAGAUUCAAUGAAAUUUUUAAUGCAGCAAUGUUUAAUUACACAACAAUUAUCACCAAGAAGAUCCUCCAAAAAUACAUGGGUUUUGAGGGCAUCAAACAACUUGUUGAUGUAGGUGGUGGUCUUGGACAUACUCUCCAUGCUAUAACCUCAAUGUACUCUUUUAUACGAGGCAUCAAUUUUGACUUGCCUCAUGUUAUUUGCGAUGCUCAGUCUUACCCUGGCAUAGAGCAUGUUGGUGGAGACAUGUUUGAAAGCGUUCCUCAAGGUGAUGCAAUUUUCAUGAAGUGGAUUCUUCAUGAUUGGAGUGAUGAUCAUUGUUUAACAGUAUUGAAAAAUUGCCAUAAAGCAAUACCUGAGAAUGGAAAGGUGAUUGUUGUGGAAUCAAUUGUCACAGAAGAACAUGAAACUACAGUUAUUGCAAAAACAGUCAGCCAAAUGGAUGUGUACAUGAUGAAUAAGAAUCCAGGAGGGAAGGAAAGAACUCAAAAGGAUUUCAUAGCUUUGGCAAAUGCAGCUGGUUUUACUGAGAUUAAAUUUGUUUGUCGAGUUUGUCAAUUUUGGGUGAUGGAAUUUCACAAGUAACUGGACAUCUUUAGAUCCAGUACAAGUGGUAAAUUCUUGAUAUACCAUUUGAUAUAUAUACUUCUUAGUUUCUAAUAAAUGCAUCAUAUUGACUUUUUACAGCGUA